UUUCGACUAGCAGCAUUGGUUGCGCGGCCGCAGGGGGAGGUCGGAGGCCGUGGGGCUGAGCGCAGCAAUUGUUCGAAAGUCCCUUCUUCGAGCGAACCAUUCCGAUCAUGGCUUCUCCAGCGCCACGACAUUCCGUCGACAGUUUUUCCCCGGUAUCCCCAUCGCCCACACGAGGCGAAUACCCAUUUCCAAGUAGAACCGGGUCCAGCGGCAGAUAUCAACCAAGGCGCGGUUCAACCGCUAGCUCGAUACAUUCGAUAGGUGGCACCUUGGAUACGGCAUCACAUUGGCAUGGGCUAAGUGAAUCUGGCCAGAAUGCCAUAUCUACCCUCCUACAACCACCCAUUGUUCGGACAGGUUUGAUUCCACAUACCUCUGCACCAGCGUCCAGUGCACACAAACCACCUACUGCACGAGACAUACCUCCGGUCACUCUCACAAAUAUCACUACUGUCGAUCCAGCGGAAUUCAAGCCUUAUCUCACACAAGUCGGGGCUCUUUACGAUGCGUUGCAGCGGGCGAAGGAAAACGAAGAAGACGGCGGGACACAACUCUUCAGGAAAGGAAGCAAGGCGGACGACUUCUCGGAUCUCUUGGAGCUGGAUCGCCGCUCAUCCAGUCGACCGAAUCUUUCGAGACAAGCUUCACUGGCCUCUUUAGCUUCAUCCAUCGACACCCCGACAAUACGGAGACGGUCAAGUGGAGGGUCCGGCAGACGUGCGGUACACGCACCAACGCCUCUAUCGACGAUACCCAACGUUUAUUUCGAUGAGGAUUUCCAUCUCGAGAAUCCCCGUACCUUUGAUGUCGUCAGUGAACGUUCCGAAGUAGUACGGCCAGCACCAGGAACGCCAGAUGAGCGAAGAGGAUCGAAUGGGAAUGCACUUGGGCCGCGGAAAGCGCUUGCAACCAAUGCUAUUCUACAAGAGAAGCUCUCUUGGUACAUGGAUACUAUUGAAGUGCACUUAAUAUCAUCUAUCUCCACAGCUUCUACUUCUUUCUUCGCAGCUUUAGGAUCCUUGCGAGAGCUUCAUUCUGAAGCUGCUGAUUCCGUCGAACGAAUCAAAGCUUUGCGAAAAGAGCUCACGGUUCUUGACGAGGAGCUGGCUGUAGGAGGACUGAACAUCGUAAAUAAGAGGCGACAAAGGGAGAAUCUGAAGCAACUCAGCGACGCAGUUCAACAGCUGAAGCGCAUUGUCGAAUCAGUUGCUAGCACUGAGUCCUUGGUUGAUUGUGGGGAGGUCGAAAAGGCUCUAGACGCAAUCGAUGACCUGGAAAAAUUAAUAUCAGGAGAAAUUUUGAACCAAGUUACUGAGAAGGACAUCCGGUUGCGCGAUCUUCGAGGAGCGACAGCCUUACAAGGAGUUACAAAUGAUCUCGAUACAUUGCGAUUUCGUAUUGGCAAAGUGUUCGAAGCCAGGUUUCUGAAUGCACUGAUGGGUGACCUGAGGCGUCACGUAGAAUCAGUUUCUUUCCCGGACACCUUACAGCGCUGGAAUAGUGCCUCGCAACGAUCGCGAGGGGGACACAAUCGAGAGCCUUCUGUAUACCCUGCCUAUCUGACAAUGAAGGAUGAUUUCAGAUCCGAGCUGUUGUCAAAUUUGUCCUGUCUCCAUCGAGCGCGGCACACGUCACCCGCGACCGCAGCAUAUCGCGAUUCAGUCUUACGCGAAAUCAGAAGUAUUAUUCGGCGACCAUUACCAGCGUCCAAUGAUGAAGAUGCAGAUUCAAUGAUGUCUGCUUCCACUGUGGGAGGAGGUAGACAAAAGACACAGCAAGAGAAAUCAACAAUCCUUGCACGCAAUCUCAGAGCGUUGGAACCGGAAGACGCUGAAGAGUUGUUAAGAAAGACAUAUAUAGGAGUUGGUGAAACACUGAGGAGGCUUGGGACGCAAGUCAAGGUAUUGCUUGAUGUUACUAGCACACUGGGAGAACCAGCAUCGAACGGGUUGAAAUCGCCUCCAAGAAGCCCAAACGUGGCAACUCUCGAUAGUCGGAUUCAGCCGGCAACAUCUAAGGGCAUCUCUGGCCGAGAAAUCCAAGAAGAAAUGCAUCAAACUCUGGACAUGUCAAAUCUCCUCGGACAAGCAGUGGACAUUGCACAAGACAAGAUUGUCAAGGUCUUGAGAGUUCGGUCUGAACAGAUCGUACAGCUCUCAGUGGAAAACUUUCUCCGCUACUUUACUCUCAACCUAUUGUUCGCGAAUGAAUGCGAAGCCGUCUCGGGAAGAAGCGGCACCGCCUUGAAAAACGUUGUCAAUAGCCAUAUUAAAGAGUUUGUCCAACAGCUCAGCGAAUCUGAAAGACAAGCUUUGGCUACUGGCAUGGAAGCCGACCCGUGGAACGCCAAAGACUUUACAGAAGAGGACAAGGAAGAGCUGCUUCGUAUCCUCUCAGCAAGCACGCAUGACGCCGAAGUCUGGAGUGUUGGUAGUAAAAUAUGGCUUCCGCCCUCGACAUCUUCUCAGGCCAAAGCGGCGAGUUCCUUGCUGACUCCCCAAACAAAUGGCGCUUCAGGCACCUCAACACCAUCGGCCGCACCUUCAAAAACCACUACUCGCCCGGCAGUCAUCGAAAGCGACUCGUUCCUUCUUCCGGUUCCCGCUAUCCUCUGCCUGCACGGCCUUUCUUCUUUCCUCUACCUAAACACAGGCAUCCCAUCUAUGACUCAGGAGAUUGCAACUUCGAUUCUGUCAUACCUCACACUUUUCAAUUCUCGAUGUACACAGCUCAUUCUAGGAGCUGGCGCAACUCGGUCAGCGGGAUUGAAGAACAUCACCACCAAGCACCUCGCCCUUGCCGCACAAGCUUUGUCAUUCAUUAGCACAUUGAUCCCCCACAUACGCGAGUUCGUCCGACGGCACCUAGGUUCUGGGUCUUCCGUUUCGACACUCAUGGGGGAGUUCGACAAAGCGCGGCGGGCCUACCUAGAACACCAGCAAUCCAUCUAUGAUAAAUUGGUGGAUAUCAUGGCUGGUCGAGCCACUGCCCAUGCAAAAGCAAUGAAAACUAUCGACUGGGAGAAAGCAGGCAAGGAAGGGGUAAACGCUUACAUGGAAACCUUGACAAAAGAAACGAGCACCUUGCAUCGUGUUCUUAGCAAGCAUCUACCGGAGAUGACCGUCAGGAUGAUUAUGGAGCCGGUUUUCAAGAGCUAUAAAGAGCAAUGGGGAAAGGCGUUUGGUGAUGUAACGCUGCAGAGCGAAGCUGCUCUAUCGAGGAUGCUUCGUGACGCUGAACAUUUCAAAUCGAAGAUAGGUGGACUAGAUGGGGCUGGAGAUGCAGGGAAUUAUAUUGUUGGCCUCGUGAAGGCGAAAAACGUCCCCAAACCGAAACUGCCCGUUCCAGAACCAGCCCCUGCUGAAGCUCCGGCACAGGAGAACACAACUGUGAAUGGCAAGAGCAGCGAUGAGGUUCCUUCUGAGGAAACACCAGAAGUGGACGAAAAAGGAAAGAGAGAGGAGAAGCAAGUCGAGGGAGAGGAACACGCAGCUGCAUAACGACCAAUUAUUUGAAAGAGCAUAAUGACUACACUCAUGGAACGGUUUGCUUCUUGGGUAAUGUAAAACAACUCUUCUACCAUUGUAUAUUCCAUCAAAUAAAACAUUGAUUGGAUCCAGUAACUGGCCUCCUGAAGCUCGUCAAGUGAAGUGCAAACAACUUCUUGUUACAACGUUUAGCGAUUGAGUAACCAUUGCUCCCUCUCUCCUUCCAUAUCUAAUUUAAUCAUUGACUCUCCUGGCGGAACGUACUACCUUGCUCGGAACAAUGAGCUG